AAAGUCGUACGACUGUGUAGAUUGUGUCGCCCACUACAUUAUAACAUUAAAUUAUUUCCAUGUGACGCGUGCUUGCUGCUGCCGACUUAACGACUGAACUCGAAUUAUAAAGUUUAAUUAAGAUACCUUCGAUCGUUUUCCGUUUUCGAUUUUCAACCAAACUAUGGCCGAAGCAAUGAGACGAACUGUUGCGUCCCUUCUGCAGGGCAUUGAAAGAUACAAUCCUCAACAUUUGUCUACACUCGAACAGUAUGUAGAAGUACAGUCCCAAGAGAACAUCUACGAUCUUGAAGCUAAUCUUGCUGUACUGAAGAUCUAUCAGUUUCAUCACGAUUAUAAUUUAGAUAUCACUGUCCAAAUAAUGUUGAAAGCCAUUACUAACUUCCCUCAUUCUGAUUUCGUACUCUGCAAAUGUCUAUUGAAUGAGAAACUGUGCCAAGAAGCUCCAUUAAGUCAAGUAUUAACUUUGGCUGAUCUGUUGGAAAACUGUAAUUUUAAAGAAUUUUGGUACCAAGUUCAUGCUAUGCCUGAACUUUAUGUUAAAGUCAAUGGAUUUUUGGAUUCUGUGCGUAAAUUUGUUUGCCAUGUCAUUGGUAUUACAUUCCAAUCUGUUGAAAAACACUUUCUUAUGGAAUUACUUGGAGGUGUUGAUGAUGCAGUUUUAAAUCAAUGGAUGCAGAAAUACAAUUGGAAGGCAGUGGAUAACAAAUAUAUAUUUGUUUCAAAUCAAGAUGAAAACAUCAAAACUAAGAAUAUUACAGAAAAAAUUGAUUAUGAAAAUAUAUUGGGUGUUAUGGCAAGUUGUCGUUAAUUUCAAAAUACAUAUUCAUACAUUUACUAAA